AAGAUGACGUCACACGCCCUCCUCUUUAUUAUGGUGAUGGCGGCGGCGCCCACGUUCACGCCCACGGCCGGCCAGAACGCCCACGAGAACGAAUUUGGCUGCCAUUGCAUGGAGUAUUGGACGUGCAUCACCAGCGGCGGGCAGCCCUACAGCUACUGCGGCCUCAGCGCCUCCAGCGUGUGCUGCUUCGUGGCCUUCAACGCCAAGCCGAUCGGCAUCCUGCCCGUGGCGCAGCGCAAGAAGUCCUGCGGGCGGAAGGGCACGAGCAACCGGGACGACGGCCAGGCGGAGAUGUCCGAGUGGCCGUGGCACGCAGCCAUCCUGGAGCAGCCGCAGGACCUGUACGUGUGCGGGGCCUCGCUGCUCGACGAGUCCUGGAUCCUGACGGCGGCGCACUGCGUCGAUGAUUACCUCGAGAAGGCGUCGACGCUGCAGGAGCUGCUGAAGGUGCGGCUGGGCGAGUACGACGUGAGCACGACCGCCGAGCCGCUGCGCCACGAGGAGUUCGCCGUCAGCAGAAUCGUCAUCCACCCCGAGUUCGACAACGCGACGCUGGUCAACGACAUCGCGCUGCUGCAGCUGGUCCGCUCGGCGCGCCGGAAGCCCAACAUCGACGCCGUCUGCAUGCCCAAGCUCAACGACUUCGCCGAGGGCAGCCCCGCCACCUGCUUCGUCACGGGCUGGGGCAGGAGGAACGAAGAGACCGAGCACAGCGUGGUUCUGAAGGAGAUCAACGUGCCCCUGUGGAGCAACCCCGCCUGCCAGAACGCCCUCAGGGAGCAGUUCGGGCCGGCCUACUCGCUCCCGACGACGGCCCUCUGCGCCGGGGCCGAAGGACGUGACGCCUGCGAUGGCGACGGCGGCGGCCCUCUGGUGUGCGAGAAGGAGGGCCACUGGUACCAGGUGGGCGUCGUCAGCUUCGGCAUCGGGUGCGGCCGCCGCAACAUCCCGGGUGUGUACACGAGGGUGCAGGCCUUCGAGGGAUGGAUCAAGGACACCAUCGGCGUGCACCACCACCCUUGACGCGGCGCCGCGCCCGUCACUCGCGCCGCUCAUGCCAACACAUUCAUCGUGACGCAGCCCGCCCUCCUUCACGCCACGGACACGCGCGAGCGGCGUCGGGAAGCCCCGCGCGGCUCGCGCCCGAGAAGAAACGCGUGUGACUGACUUGCGUGGAAAUACAUGCACAUGUGUGUGGGUGUCUGUGUACGUAUGAACUCACUUACGUGUAUGUACGCAUGUAUAUGAAUACA